AUGGAUGCUGACUUUGCAAUUGCGCUACAGCUGCAGGAACAGUUUGAUCGUGAAUUGGCUAACAGUAUCGGAGGCGAAAACGACGAGGUUUUGACGGAAUCACACAAAGAUGGCAGCACAAAUCGAGCCCUCUCGAUUGUGGACGAAAGUUGGGAACUGACUGACCCCAAUCCUGACAUUCGGGCUCUGUUUCUUCAGUUCAAUGAUCAGUUCUUCUGGGGAAAACUGGCAGGGGUGGAGGUGAAAUGGAGUCCUAGAAUGACGCUGUGUGCUGGGUUAUGCUGCUAUGAAGGGCGUGGCGGGCUGUGUUCUAUACGUCUGAGUAAGCCCCUAUUGUCCUUAAGGCCCAGGAAAGACCUGAUAGAAACCCUGCUGCAUGAGAUGAUCCAUGCAUUAUUGUUUGUGACACAGAACAACAAGGACCAUGAUGGCCAUGGGCCAGAGUUUCAGAAACACAUGAAGAGGAUAAACAAGCAGACAGGGACAAACAUCACGAUUUAUCACAACUUCCAUGAUGAAGUGGCUCACUUCAAGCAGCAUUGGUGGCGGUGCGAUGGCCCCUGUCAGCAACGCAAGCCCUACUUCGGGUUUGUGAAGCGAGCUAUGAACAGGGCACCAUCUCCGAGGGACUUCUGGUGGGCAGAACAUCAGAGAAUGUGCGGAGGCACAUACACCAAGGUCAAGGAACCGGACGGAUACGGGCAGAAAAAGAAGGGAAAGCCAGACGGAAAACAGGGCAAAGUCAAAGAAAUUGACCAGAAGACAAAUGGAGUACAGAAGGGUGGAAUGAUGGACAUAAGAGUAUUUGCUGGUAAAGGUUUGCCCUUGACCUCUGGUAGCAGCAAGAGUGAAAAUGGGCUUGUGACAUCUGAGAACAAAGCGGUGAGGAAACCCUCUGCCACUGUUACUAGGGCCGACGAGUCAUUUCCUCGGUUACCCGAUGAGUACAUACCAUUGGCUGAUCGUCUUUCACGUAGUGACGAGAAACUCUCAACAAAAGAUCAUAUAAAAUCACCAUCCAGUCCAGAGUCAGUACGAAAUAAUGCUUCCAAAAACAAAAGCCCUUUAAGAAUAGGGGGAAGUGUAAAAAAAGACUCGGCAAAAAACAACCAUGUACUAGCUGAAGGAAUUCUCCGCUCCCCUUCCCCACAAAAAACAAUAGUGAGUGGCCAAAAGUCACCCAAAAGUCCUGCCAUGGGUGGGGGAACAAUGCCUGGGUGUGGUAGAGUACUGGGCAGUGGAGCAGGGGGAACAGGUGUUUUAGCCAUGCUGAGGAAGAAAUGGGAGGCAGAGAGAAGGAACAGGAAGCUUCAGGUACCAGGGGAUUCAGCAGACAGGAAGAGAAACAGUGACGAGUUCACACCAACAGGCUUUGAUUUUAAAAGGAUGAAAUCAAUGACAAAUACUUCAGACUGUGAUAUGACAAACAUUGAUGCAACCCCAGGCAAGGAAUGCAUGAAAAAUCAUCGGCCAGUAAGCACUUGUAGGAAGGAUUCUCAGGUGAAACACCAUAAAGGAUCAACAAAGGCCAAGUCAGAUGUGAUUGUGCUGGAAGGUGGUGAAAGUGAAAGUAAAGAGAUGCAGCCCUGCCCAGUGUGUCAGACGGAGAUAGAACUAGCCUUUAUCAAUGAACACCUGGAUAGAUGCCUAGAGGCUAAUCACCCUCUUGGCUGUCUCGCCGCCAAGUCUCGACGGGGCGAAAGUUUGACAUGGGUGAAACUGAACGGCCUUGACGAUAGCGGAAAGCCUGAUGUCAGUACUGUGACUCGGACGGUACAGAUGGCAUCAGCAGUACUGAACAUCAUUCAUGGUGUCAGUACUGUGACUCGGACGCUACACAUGCCAUCACCGGUACUGAACAUCACUCAUGGUGUCAGUACUCUGACACGGAUGCUACACAUGGCAUCACCGGUACUGAACAUCACUCAUGGUGUCAGUACUGUGACACGGACGCUACACACGGCAUCACCGGUACUGAACAUCACUCAUGGUGUCAGUACUGUGACACGGACGCUACACAUGCCAUCACCGGUACUGAACAUCACUCAUGGUGUCAGUACUGUGACACGGACGCUACACAUGGCAUCAUCGGUACUGAACAUCAUUCAUGGUGUCAGUACUGUGACACGGACGCUACACAUGCCAUCACCGGUACUGAACAUCACUCAUGGUGUCAGUACUGUGACACAGACACUACACAUGGCAUCACCGGUAAUGAACAUCAUUCGUAGUGUCAGUACUGUGACACGGACGCUACACAUGCCAUCACCGGUACUGAACAUCAUUCGUAGUGUCAGUACUGUGACACGGACGCUACACAUGCCAUCACCGGUACUGAACAUCAUUCAUGGUGUCAGUACUGUGACACGGACGCUACACAUGCCAUCACCGGUACUGAACAUCAUUCGUAGUGUCAGUACUGUGACACGGACGCUACACAUGCCAUCACCCGUACUGAACAUCAUUCAUGGUGUCAGUACUGUGACACGGACGCUACACAUGCCAUCACCGGUACUGAACAUCAUUCGUAGUGUCAGUACUGUGACACGGACGCUACACAUGCCAUCACCGGUACUGAACAUCACUCAUGGUGUCAGUACUCUGACACGGACGCUACACAUGGCAUCACCGGUACUGAACAUCACUCAUGGUGUCCGCAGUGAUCCGAUAGAAGACAUAUCGGAAAAACGCCUCCUUCAGUUUGAUCAGGACGGAGGAUCGCCACGGUUCGGGCCAAAGGCAUACUUUGUGGACAAGCCACGAUCAUCUAAUCAUCAUGCGGGUAGCAUCAAGUAUGGGGAGCUGGUCAUACUGGGGUACAAUGGGCAGCUACCUCAAGGGGACAAGGGGCGUCGCCGCAGUAAGUUCAUCCUGUGGAAGAGGUCCAUCGCUAACGGUGUGAAACCCGCCCGCAAACAUGUGGUCAAGAACCCACAGGCCUCAAAGGUGGUACAGGACUCUGCCCAGCACUCGGUGUCCUACACCUUGUCCCGGAACCAGGCUGUUGUUGUGGAGUACAUGGAGGACCAGGAUACAGACAUGUUCCAGAUUGGCCGCUCAUCGGAAGGACCCAUAGACUUUGUUGUCAUGGAUACCAUUCCGGGCGACAUGCGAACAGAGAACACUCAGGUGACACAGAGUACAAUCUCGCGUUUCGCCUGUCGUAUCGUAGUGGACAGAAAUCCUCCGUACACCGCCAGGAUAUAUGCUGCCGGCUUUGACUCGGGCAGGAAUAUAUUUUUAGGGGAGAAAGCUGUGAAGUGGCAUGCAGGGGAGGAGAUUGACGGCCUCACCACCAAUGGGGUUUUCAUCAUGCACCCUAAGGGCGGCUUUUCCAGCCAAUCACGGACCGGGGUGUGGCGGGAAGUUUCUAUUGGUGGAGGGAUAUAUGCACUCAGGGAGUCUAGAUCAGCUCCUCACAUGAGCAGUCUGAUUGAGGCCGAGGACAACAUUUUACACGAUGGAACAUUGAUUGAUCUGUGUGGGGCGACCUUAAUAUGGAGAUCAGCUCUAGGAUUGAUAGCAGCUCCUAGUGACCAGGAGUUCGAGCACCAGAUCCAGGAGAUGAAUGCUGGCCGGCCUCAAUGCCCAGUGGGCCUCAACACCCUGGUACUGCCCACACGCCACCGGGCAGCAGCCUCCGAGAAACAGCCCUACGUCUACCUCAAGUGUGGCCACGUCCAUGGUCAGCAUGAGUGGGGACACAUGGAGAACAACGCUAACAGAACUUGCCCACUUUGUUUUACAGUUGGACCAUUUGUACAGCUAAAGCUCGGGUCAGAGCUGAGUUUCUACGUAGAUGCAGACCCGCCUACCUUCAGUUUUUGUCCCUGCGCUCACAUGGCAUCUGAGUGCACAGUCAAAUUUUGGUCGCAAGUCCCAAUCCCUCACGGUUGCCAUGGGUUCCGUGCUGUGUGCCCAUUCUGUGCGACUCCGCUGGAGGAAGGUUCAGGGAUUACAAAGCUGAUAUUUCAGGAUCACACAGACUGAGGUUAUCUCCCCCUCUUUGUAAACCCAAGUCAAAGAGGGCAUAGUUUGAUUGUCAUUGACAUUCAGUGUUUCUCUGUGUGGAACAUUCGCACUGGGGAAAUGUUUUAUUAAUCUACACUGUGAAAAGGAAAACUUCAAAGACAAUUUAUAAACAGAUAUCAAGUAAAUGUGCAUUUUUUUUUCACAGACCCAAGAUUGCUGAUAUGCGACACCCAUGUGAAAACACGAGUGGAAAGUGUUUAAGUACAUGUGGUGUGAAAUGGUGUUUUGUGAACAAACUACGUGUAUAACUUCACACUUUAUCCCCAUCAAGUACAUGAAGUUCACCUGAAGUGUCCAAGAAAAAAGACAAUGCCUUUAUCUCCACAGGAUAAAAGACUUAUAAUUAUUAAACAGCUAUGUGAAAUGAAUGUGAUGUAGAAACUCUUCAGACUGAACAGGAGAUGAGCAGGAAGCAGAAUGAAGUAACAAGAUGGAGAACUUAUUCCUGGCAGUGUGUCAGCCUGGCCACAGUGCACAUGGUGAAGGCGGCGUGUCAGCCUGGCCGCAGUGCACAUGGUGAAG